AUGCAAUCUGAAGUAGAUUUAUUAAAGCAACGCAUUACUGAGCUUGAGGCCAGGAAAGCCGAGCUUGAAGUUAAAAAUGCUGAGAUUCCUGAACUUAGGAAGAAGCUUGCUGAGGUUGAAGCCAGGAAUGGAAAACUUAUAAAGCAAAUUAUGGAAGAGAAUAACAGACGUGAUGCUAAAAUCAAGAAUACCACCGAUAGAGUUGCGAAACUGGAACAGAAACAACUGCUGAAUGAUAAUGCUCCUAACAACAACUCAUCUGACUUCAAUUCGGGUAAAAACCAUCAUGAAAAAUCAUUGGAGGAUAAAGAGAUAGACGCUUUCUUAAUCGAUGUAUAUAAGAAAAGCAUUAGUGAUGAAAUAAGGCAACACAAUAAAGAGAAAACAAUUCAGCAUGAAAUAGAUGUACAAGAUGACGCAUCCGGCCCUGCAUGUAUAACGGGCAUAGUUGCCAUUGUUAAUAAUUUGGAUGAGUUGGGAAGUUAGAGCAUUAAUAAAAUUAAUAGUUAUACUUCCACAGAGUCAUCUUGUGAAAUAGAGGUCAUUGCAAAUACCUCACAGGAUCAUGCUCAGAAAUAUAUU